UUGUACGAGAUGUCUCGUGAAACCGUUAUCACGCAUAACGGAGACACUAGAAACGAUACGAGACAUUGUAACUUGCUAACGACAGUCAGUUGAUGGGUACUCUAAAGUUUGGAUGCUUUCGGUCGAUUCAGUUGUGAUAGGUUUUUCUUAACACAUGGAAGCUUCAACAAAAAUUGACGGCCCGGACAAUAAACAUCCUUGGGCGAACAUACAUCCCUACGCUACCGCGAAUGCCCUGUCGCGUUAUUUUUUCUGGUGGCUUCUUGACCUGCUUCGCAUUGGCGUACGAAGGCAAAUCGUACCGAACGACAUUUAUGACACCCUGUCAGCACACCGUAGUGCACAAAUCGGUGCAUCAUUCGAGCAACAAUGGCAACGGGAAGUAUCGCGCCGCAAUACGCUCGAGGAUGGAUCGAUCGAUGACGAACGCAAAACGCAAGACGACAUGAAAAGUGAACCCCAGCCAGCGCAGCAAAACAAACUCCCGCCGCCAUGGAGCCUCCUUCGGGCUGUAUUACGCAUGUACGGGGUCGGAGUGCUGGUGUUUGGAUUUGUUUACAGCUCUAUCGAAUCGGCCUGCAGAAUAGGUCAACCGUUUCUACUUGGGCAACUGAUUCUUUAUUUUGAUUCGCUACGUACCGCAACGGCAGGAGAUGACGAGUCUGCAACAUCGUUAGGAGCCGCCUAUGGAUAUGCGGUGGGUAUUGUUAUGACCGUUUUGGCCCCGCUUGCAAUAUUUCAUUGUUAUCAGCUAUAUCUGCUGCAAGUAGGCAUGAAGAUUCGUAUCGGCUGUUGUGCACUGAUCUAUCGUAAGAUACUUAGAUUGAGUAACACCACCGACGGAUUGUCUGGAACGGUAAUCAAUUUGAUGGCAAACGACGUUAGCCGGUUCGAUUAUGCGGUAAUAUUCUUCCACGAUCUCUGGAAGGGACCAGUCGAGCUUGUGAUUGUUGCCGUAUUUGUGUACCGUGAAAUAGGACCUGCUGGACUCAUUGGGAUAGGUUUUUUGCUACUCUUCAUACCAAUUCAAGCCUGGCUGGGCAAGAAAUCGGCGGGAUUCCGAAUGAGGGCAGCGUUGGCUACCGACGAGCGGGUACGUCUUACAAAUGAAAUCAUUCACGGCAUUCAGGUCAUUAAGAUGUACGUAUGGGAGUUACCUUUCGAGCAAAUGUUGCGCAAACUACGAUACAAAGAGGUGAAGGCACUGCGUGGCAGUGCGAUCAUCAAGUCGGCACUUUUCGCGCUUCGCGUUGUACCGAAAGUGUCCAUUUUUCUAACAUUGGUCGCAUACGUGUACUUUGACAAUGCUAUCACAGCACGACGCGUCUAUAUGUUAAUUUCAUUCUUCAGCGUAAUACAUCAUUCGAUGGUUGAGUUUUGGCCGCUUGCCGUUACGUCUGCCGCCGAAGGUUGGAUCUCGUUAAAGCGAAUACAGGAUUUUCUUCUUCAGAAAAGUGUACACAAUUUGCACCAAAAACAAAGAUCUCUUAACCGCCACUUAAGCAGCGAUCCAUUUGUUGAGUUUACUGCAGUGCACAGCACUUGGCCAAAUUCACAAUUCUCGCUUCAAGACAUAUCCUUCCGGGUUGACUCAAUGAAACACCGUACGGUAGCGAUCAUUGGUUCGAUUGGUGCCGGUAAAUCAACACUGUUGAAUAUGAUCAUCGGAGAACAAUCUGCAACUAAGGGACAGGUCACUGUGAACGGUACCGUCAGCUAUUGCUCACAACACCCUUGGUUGUUCGAAGGCACGGUCAAGCAGAAUGUGAUCUUUCUAGAAGAAUUCGACGAAAAACGAUAUUGCACUGUAUUAAAGGUUUGUGCAUUGGAACGGGACAUUGCAAUCUGGCCGCAUGGAGACCAAACUAUGGUUGGCGAACGAGGAUAUAGCUUGAGUGGUGGACAAAAAGCCCGAAUCAACCUGGCUCGUGCAUUAUAUCGUUGUGCGGAUAUCUAUCUUCUGGACGAUCCUCUAUCUGCCGUGGACGCCCAUGUAGCAAAUGUUAUAUUCGAGCAAGCUAUAAGAAAUUUCCUGGAGGGAAAACUCUGCAUAUUAGUGACCCAUCAGCUAAAGUAUAUCAAACAGGCGGAGCACAUUCUCAUAGUGGAAGAUGGUAGACUCGCGGCACAAGGAAACUAUGGUAAGGAGUUGUCGAAAUACUUCCAUUCGAACAAUUUCUCGAUGCAUCAACAUCCAGCGGAAGAAGAGAUUCCUGAGCGCAGAAAGGAAGAUGACUCCAAUAUAUCCAGCAAGAGUCAAGAGAAACCACUGUCAUCAGAGCGUAAAGAGAAGGAAGGGCAAGAAGAUGGCACUGUUCAGUUUAAAGUGUACUUAGACUUUUUGAAGUCUGUCAAUAGUGUUUCAUUCGUUUUUUUCACGGCAUUACUAAUGAUAGGUUUCCAAAUAGCUUGCUCAGGAACGGAUUACUUCGUGUUCAUAUGGGUGGAUUGGGAGGAAACGUUUGCCAAUACACUUGAAGCGCGCUGGACAACCGACGAUCAUGUAUUAUUUUACGCUGGAGCGAUUAUCGUCACCAUCCUACUGACAGCAAAUUCCUUUGCCUUCUUUGAAAUGUGUCUUAAAGCAUCCCUACAUCUACAUGCAGCACUGUAUCGCGGAGUGUCAGAAACCGCUAUGCUUUUCUUCCAUCAGAAUCCAUCGGGCAGGGUAAUGAAUCGCUUCUCGAAAGAUAUCGGACUAGUCGAUACCAGCCUACCCACCGUCAUGGUCGACAGUAUAUACUUUUUCCUAGAGCUUUCCGGUAUAAUUGUGAUAGUAGCGUUAGCUAACUACUGGCUACUAAUACCAACGGCGAUCAUGGGGAUCGUAUUUUAUCUUCUACGGUUUGUGUUUCUAAAAACGGCAAGAAAUGUGAAGCGCGUUGAAGCCAUCACCCGCAGUCCAGUGUUCACGCAUACCAAUGCAACGAUUGAUGGGUUAACCACGAUACGUGCAUUUGGUGCGGAACGCUUUCUGGAAGAUACAUUCCACCGGUAUCAGGAUCUUAACACAUCGGCGGCGUUUCUGUUCGGUGCCACAACUCGAGGUUUCGCCUUCUGGUUGGACGUUAUUUGUCUGCUGUACAUUGCGUCAGUUGUUUUGAGUUUUCUGGUGAUUGGGAAUGACAUCAUUAGCGGGAACGUCGGGCUGGCCAUAACGCAGGUACUCAACCUCAUUGGAAUGUGCAACUGGGGCAUUCGACAAACGGCCGAGCUGGAAAAUCAAAUGACAUCGGUAGAACGCGUGCUAGAAUACGCCCGGCUCGUACCUGAAACGGACUUGGCACCGGGUGUCCAAACAACGGUACGCAGUGAAGCGUGGCCCGAAAAUCCCGGCAUAACUUUCCGCGAAGUUUAUCUACGCUACACGCCCACCUCGAGCCCAGUCCUAAAGCAGCUGAGUUUCGACAUAAAACCCAAGGAGCAUGUUGGAAUUGUUGGGCGUACCGGCGCUGGCAAGUCCUCAAUAAUUCAGGCACUCUUUCGUCUAACACCGUUGCACGACGGUGAUGGUAUCAUCGAGAUUGACGGAAUCAAUAUCGGUUCGGUGCCGCUGCGGCAGUGUCGUGGCCGCAUCUCGAUAAUUCCCCAGGAUCCGGUCAUAUUCUCAGGCAGUUUGCGAAGCAAUUUGGAUCCGGACGAGCGGACGCCAGAUGAGCGACUGUGGAAAGCACUCGAGCAGGUUGAAUUAAAAACCACCAUAAGCGCACUAGCCGGAGGUUUAAAUACGAAGAUGUCGGAAGGAGGCACCAAUUUGAGCGCUGGCCAACGGCAAUUGAUCUGUUUGGCUAGGGCGAUCCUGAAGGGCAGUAAAAUAUUGAUACUCGACGAAGCCACCGCCAGCGUGGAUCCCAAAACGGACACACUGAUUCAACGUACAAUCAGGACACAGUUUCAUGAUUGCACCGUUCUGACGAUAGCACACCGUUUGCAUACAAUUUUGGACAAUGAUCGAGUGUUGGUUAUAGAUGCUGGACAAAUGGUAGAGUUUGAUACACCCCAAAAGCUACUCCAAAUCCCGGAUGGUUUCUUCCGGAAAUUGGUUGAAGAACAUGGCAAAGAAGGUGCAACCAACAACAGCAAUCUUAUGACCAAUGAUUAGCUUAAGAGUAGGAACAUUUGUUAGAAACACUUACUUGCUGAAUAAGCGAAGGACCACGCAAAUGAUGAUAAACAUGACUGCCAUUGCCACUAGAACACCAAUCAUUGCCGGAUCGAUGUACUUUUCCGGUUCUAUCGGCUUAUUGAUCGGGGCUAGAAGA